AGCUCCAACCUACCGAGCUAAGAUUGAACCCUAUGUACGUGAAGGUGUACAUACUCUGGUUCAAACUGGUUUUGGUUGAACUCAUUCCGUAUAUACUCAUGGCAGUACUCAACACUGUAAUCAUUAUUUACGCCAAAAAGUCGUCUUCCCAGUUUUCUGGAGAACAGCGGAAUAACACGGCACGGCAGGAGAGUAGGAUGGUAACGGUUCUGGUCCUGGUCGUCUUUCUGUUCAUCAUCACCCAGAGCUUCAAGUUGGUCCCUGAUAUAGUGGAGGUCGUCCUGUGUGCUACUGGAAAAAGUUCACCUCCUGACUGCUGGAAUGAGGUACCUGGAUCUGUCUCUAUAAUCUCAAUGAUUGCUCAUGUUUGCUUAUCCUUCAACUCUUCAGCUAACUUUCUCGUAUACGUGGUCUGGGGGACCAAAUUCAGGCGAGCUCUGCUUGGUCUACUGAGAAGAAGACGACCUCAGAACCCUCGAGAUGAAACCGGGGCAACCCGCACCUCCCCAACCUUAACUAAUACUUAUAUUAAGAAAGCCGCAAAUCGGCGUGAAAUAGCUGUUUACACUGAGAGCCACAGUCUUGCAUGUGUUCCAUUACCGAGAGAGAUCGGAUCUUCAUCUUCUGGGGGAAAGAAGAGUCUUCGUUUCGUGGUGGAAAUCCAAGAUACAGCUGUCUAAUCCAGGAUACAGCUGUCUAAUCCAGGAUACAGCUGUCUAAUCCAGGAUACAGCUGUCUAAUCCAUGACACUACUGUCUAAUCCAGGAUACAGCUGUCUAAAUAAGGAUACAGCUGUCUAAUCCAGGAUACAGCUGUCUAAUCCAGGAUGCAGCAGUUUAAUCUAGGAUAUAGCUGUCUAAUCAGGAAUACAACUGUCUAAUUUAGGAUACAGCUUUAUAAUCAAGGAUACAGAUGUUAAAUCUAGGAUACAGCAGUCCUAUCUAGGAUAUAGCUGUCUUAUCUAGGAUACAGCUUUCUUAUCUAGGAUAUAGCUGUCUAAAAAAGCUUCUAAAAAUCAAAGAAUCAGUAUAUUAAAAAUUCCAUGUUCUCUAAAUUCAAAAAUCUCAAAAAAAAUUGUAACACAUUUCUUACGUAAAUGUUUUUUACCCAUAUGGAAUAUGGAUCUUGUCUAUCUAGAUUAUAAUAGAAUCUAUACUGGAGACACUUUAGGCUUGAUUCCAAUAUUUGUACUAAUAUCUAACCGAAGUAUAUCUGUACUCUGUAGUGUGUACUGUUUGUACCCUCGCAUAUAUAAUGUACUGUAUGUUAUUUGGCGUACAAAAUACAAUUUAUAAUGUAUUGUUAUAAGCUUGUCGUAGAAUUAAUGUAAAUUCUAUAAAAGUAAAGGUUUAAAAUUCAACUAACUAUUGAAGAUAUCUAAAGAAGUUGAAAAAUCUAUCAUAAUUUCUUCUUCUUUAAAUCUUAAAAGUAAGCUAUUUUUAACAUGCAGUUUUUUACCGCUUUUUAUAGUUUAAAAACGAAAAUAUUUUUUAUCAUCAAACGAUAAUCUCCUCUAGAAUAGUAUCUUGUACAUUGUUGUACAUAGUACACUGUACACUGUACACUGUACACUGUACACUGUACACUGUACACUGUACACU